UUGACACUCGGCCGUACCUCCCGAGCAGAGGCUGAAACAGGAGAACUACACGGGUGGAGGAAGGGUAGGGGCGACAGUCUGUGGCUAAACCAGGCGUCCACAGUUAGGGCACAAGCCAUCGCACCUCCUGUAUCAGUCCCCGAAGGAAGACAGAGGCGAGCGCAUUCAAGACGCUAGUGGAGCGCCUUUACCUAGUUACAACUAAUGGUGAAGUGAUGCCAGUGGAGUGAGCCGGUAAAAGGCUGGAGAGAGCCAUGCUGGAGGCAGACUCUGACCCCGAUGCCGCUGCUGUGGCAGGAGAGGGGGAGAUGGAGCUGGGGAGUGGAGACCUCAAAUCUGAAGUGCUUCGGCUGACGUUGGAGCUUCAGGAGGCCACAGAGGAGAAACUGCAGGCUGCGCGCUACGGCCUGGUGGUGUUGGAGGAAAGCUCUGCCCUGAAGAAAAAGCACCAGCAGCUAGAAGAAGAACAUGAAACCCUCAAAGUAGAGCUGCAACAGUUGAGAGAGGCAUUUGCAGAUUCUGUGAGCAGCCAAAAGCGCGCAGCGGCUGAUGGAGAGUGCCGCGAAGAAAGCUUACUGCAGGAGACUGCCUCGAAGGAGGCUGCCAUGGCAACUCGCAUGGAAGAGAUUCAGGCAGAGCUAAAACAGACGCGACUCGCUCUGAGUAACGCUCACGCUGAAAUUGAUAGACUGGCCGUCCUGUCCACGCAGUUAAAAAAGGAGUGUGAAUGUUUGGAGGCUGAGAAAGGCCACCUGAGAGACGAGAUGAAGGAGUUUAAAGUGCGUGAGCUGCGACAGUUACAGGACAACAGUGAAUUAGAAGAAGAAAACACAUCACUGCAAAAACAGGUUUCUGUGCUGAAGGAAAACCAGGUCGAGUUUGAGUCCAUGAAGCUGGAGCUGACCCAGAAGAACGAGGAGCAGGAAGAGCUGAGAGCCCAGCUGGAUGAGGCUGCACGGCUGAAGGAGAUCGCGGAGCGGCAGCUGGACGAGGCCCUGGAGGCUCUGAGUGAGGAGCGGGAGCAGAAGAACAGUCUACGCAGAGAGCUCUCUGCCCUGACCCUCAACCCCUUUGAGUCCAACCUGGAGCUACAUCUGGACCACCUGGACGACAGUCAGGAGGAGGGUCAUGGCGGAGAGGCUGAGGGAGAGGAGCAGGACUCUACCUUUAACAACAGUCCUGGGUCUACUCCCGGUUCUGCUAACCCUCCUCACUCUGGGGGCUCCAAAACUAAUGGCCUCAUCCACCGCUCAGUGCCACGGCGAGCUCCUACCUCUGGGCUGGUGUCAGACCUGCUGAGUGAGCUGCACUUUUCUGACAGCCAGAAACUAAAGCAGCAACUUUUACAGGUUGAACGAGAGAAAUCUAGCCUGACCAGUAAAGUGGAGGAGCUGCAGAUGCAGCUGGUGAUGUCAAAACAGGCCCUGAGUCAACACGAGGACAAGGUGGAGGCUCUCACCCGAGAGUUGGAGGCAGUGAGAAACGGCACUCUUCCCAAAACAGAAGGAGAUAAUGAAUCAGAGAAUGGAGAAGUAUUUGACUAUGAAGUGGAUACGAAGAGUAAGGAGGUACUUGAAGCCAGGAUGCGAGCGGCCAGUGAAGAACUGUUGAAACUCCGAGAUGAGCUGUCUCAAGCAGGAGCCCGAUACAACAACCUGGAGCAGAGAUACAAACAGGAGAAGGAGCGCUGGAGGUCUGAGGCCCAGGAGCUUGCGGAUAAGAUCCGGCAGUGUAUUAAGUCCAGUAAACAAGAUCAGGAGCGCAUAACUGAGCUGGAGAAAGAGAUCGGGGCUACAAGGAAAGUGGCUAUUGAUUCAGAGGGACAUUUGAGUGUAGCGCAGGAAGAGCUGCUGGCCUUCUCUGAGGAGCUGUCGAAUCUCUAUCACCACAUCUGUGUUUGCAACAACAUAACACCCAAAAGAGUGACUCUAGACUACUACAGAGGAGGAGGGGGCAGUGGGCGAAGGCUACCUCACCCUCAGCACAGUGUCCCAAAGAAGCGCCCUGAUGAAACAUUCAUCUCCAAAGCUGCAGCGCUGCAGUUCAUGGGUGAAGUGGACAGCUGUGGGGCCAGUGGUGACUCCUCCAGUUGCCCAGGGUCCCCCACUCUAGACUUCAGGGACCCCUCAAAUGUGCGCAACCUGGUGGCUGUCAUACGCUGCCAAAUCAAGCAUUUACGGGUGGCAGUGGAUGUGUGUCGUCAGCGGGGUGCCAUGCCAUACUCUGGGCUCAGUGCCAGUGUGGAGGCCGAGCGCGACACUGAGAGCCUGAUGGAGGAGGUCCUGAAACUCAAGUCUCUUCUGAGCACCAAGAGGGAGCAGAUCGCUACACUAAGAACUGUUCUCAAGGCUAACAAACAGACUGCAGAGCUGGCUUUGUCCAACUUGAAAACCAAGUAUGAGACUGAAAAGGGCAUGGUGUCAGAAACCAUGGUGAAACUGCGGAAUGAGCUCAAAGCUCUUAAAGAAGAUGCUGCCACCUUUUCCUCUCUCAGAGUCAUGUUCGCCAGUCGGUAAGUCCGUUAAUACCUUCAUCUGUGGGAUAUGAAGUGUGAAUGUGGAAGAACCUAAAUGUUUCUUCAGUCAUUCUUUACCUGGAGUGGCCCUUGUGUUUUGUCCCUCUUCUGCCACUAUUUCUGUAAUCUGAUUACAAUACUUA